UUCACAGCCCUUCACUUCGAACAUCAUCAAACGGGAAACGACGGAGACUCCUCUUCGUUAUCCACCCGCAGAAGCGUUCAGCUAUUCCUUCACUACCCUCACGCCAAGGCAAUGGAGAAUUGCUCCGCGAACCUUACCCAGUACUUCGGUCCCAAUCUCAUCAACGCUACAGCCGCCGCCGACCUCAUCUGCAGCACUUUCAACGAUACCACCUUCGCCGUCGACAACACCUUCCUUCUCUUCUCUGCUUACCUCGUCUUCUCCAUGCAGCUCGGCUUUGCCAUGCUCUGCGCCGGCUCCGUUCGUGCCAAAAACACCAUGAACAUCAUGCUCACCAACGUCCUCGAUGCAGCCGCCGGUGGCCUCUUCUACUAUCUCUUUGGCUUCGCUUUCGCCUUUGGAUCCCCCUCCAACGUGUUCAUUGGUCGUCAUGCCUUCGGCCUCACCGACUUCCCGUCGAAGCUCUACGAUUACAGCUAUUUCCUUUACCAAUGGGCCUUCGCCAUCGCUGCCGCCGGCAUAACCAGCGGCUCCAUCGCGGAGCGGACUCAGUUCGUUGCUUACCUAAUCUACUCCUCUUUCCUAACCGGCUUCGUUUACCCGGUUGUGUCUCAUUGGGUCUGGUCCUCCGACGGUUGGGCUAACGCUGGUCGCCCAGAGUCAGACCUUCUAUUCGGAUCCGGCGCCAUCGAUUUCGCCGGGUCUGGUGUGGUCCACAUGGUGGGCGGCGUCGCUGGUCUGUGGGGCGCACUCAUAGAAGGGCCCAGGAUUGGUCGAUUUGACCAUUCCGGUCGACCAGUCUCGCUUCGCGGGCACAGCGCGACCUUGGUUGUUCUAGGAACUUUCUUACUCUGGUUCGGAUGGUACGGUUUUAACCCGGGUUCGUUCUUGAAGAUUUUGAACCCUUACGAGCCUGGAAGCUACUACGGGCAGUGGAGCGCGGUAGGUAGAGCCGCCGUGACCACCACCUUAGCCGGUAGCACUGCUGCUCUGACGACUCUUUUUGGUAAGAGGAUUGACUCGGGCCAUUGGAACGUGACAGAUGUGUGCAAUGGGCUGCUCGGCGGGUUCGCCGCCAUCACCGCCGGAUGCUCCGUCGUGGAGCCGUGGGCGGCAAUCAUUUGCGGGUUCGUAGCGGCGGCGGUACUGAUUUCGUGCAACAAACUGGCGGAGAAGAUGAAGUUUGACGACCCGUUAGAGGCGGCACAGCUGCACGGCGGGUGCGGAGCGUGGGGUUUAAUCUUCACGGCGCUGUUUGCGAAGAAGAAGUACGUGAACGAGGUGUACGGAGGACCGGCGGAUCGGCCAUACGGGUUGUUCAUGGGAGGAGGGGCUAAGCUGUUGGCGGCAAAUAUAGUGGAGAUUCUGGUGAUUAUUGGGUGGGUCAGCGUUACCAUGGGCCCUCUGUUCUUGAUUCUUCACAAGCUCCAACUAUUGCGAAUCUCCAGAGAAGAUGAAUUGGAGGGUAUGGAUCUCACCCGACACGGUGGGUUUGCGUAUGCGUACGAGGAUUCAUCCUCAAGGAAUGGGAUGCAGUUGGAGAUGGAAAGAAUGCCGAAUGCAGCAAGCGCUCAAACCACACAGUAGAUUCUGCAAAUAUGAUUUCAAGAUGUUAAUGUGACUGCAUGUGUUAUUGUUUGUAUAAAAUGUUGCAUUGAUGAGAAAUGCUAAGUAUUUGUGAAACACGAUCAAAGAGAUUACUCUGCACUUGCCAUUAAUGUGUAUGUAAGCAUGUUGGUGUAGGUUUAGUUGUUUGAAGCUAGCCUUUAAUUUUUUUGAAAGUUUGAAGUCGGAA